GACUUUUCGAAAAUAGCCGACAAAGAAAUUAAUGAGGAUAAAGACCUAGAAGCACUUAUCGAACAGCUUAAAAAUGAUCCGCUUGGCGAAUAUACGCGAAAAGACAUCGAUAUUGUAGAGGUCGCAAAACGAAUACGACUUGGCUUAGAGUAUGCAACAUUUAAAAUCAAAAAUGGAUGGGAGAAAUACGAUGUCGCGACUUGUGAAAUUUUGUUUGAAGAAAAAAUGCGCAUAAAUGCGAUUCCCGUUCCGAAGAUAUUAGGAAGGAUUAAAAGCGGCUUACCAACUCGUGAAUAUGAAUUGCCAGUGGCUCCACAAUAUAUGGAAUACAGUAAUGGACCAGGAAAUAAAGUUAAGGUUACAAACACGUCACCAAAAUCAACGGCAAUGGAUACUAAAUUUGAUAUCGCAGACGAUGCACUUCCUCACCAGCGUAUGCAAGACUCUUUUCGAUUAUCCGGCUCAUCCAGACUUUCUGGAUCGAAAGCUGCCGCAAUAUAUGAAUAUUUAGAUUCACUAGAAAUGGCAUCGCAAGAUCUAUGCAUUAACCAAGAUCCGAUGUCAUCUUUACUAUCAAACUCGCAAUUUAUUGGAUCAAAUAAUUUCUGUGCACAAGAUUUGGGACAAUCUUUUUUGGAGACAGGAUCAUUAAGAUCUAUUGAACCAAGCAAAUUAACCACUAGAAAGAAUAAACGCCCAAAACCGACUGUACAUUCAAUAAAUGAAGAUGUUGAUAUGGAGGACUUUUUUGGUGCUACAGAAACUUCACAAAAAGCUACAGUGUCACCAAAUACUUUAUUUCAUGAACUUUGGGCAACUGCAAGCACAGUUGCUCCACAAAAGACAGCUUCGACGUCCAUGUCUCCAGGACAAUUAUUCAAUGAACUUUGGGCAACUUCAAGCGUUACACGGAAAGAUAAUGCCGGAGCAGAAUCAACACUUGCAACUUCCAUGUCGCCUGAUACAUUUCUUGAUGAACUUCUGGCUGCAAGCACUUAUGAAGACGAUGACGACGAAAGAACACCAAAGGAUAGCACUGCCGAAUCUACCCAAACAUUAGCGAUGUCCCCCGGCACUAUUUUCCGAGCUGCAUUAGAUGAUUGGGCAGCUGUUGAUUCUAAUUUUCCUAAUGCAAUACUUUCUCAUUUGCCGAAUUUGCCAUCAUCUCCUUUGGCAUCUUCUCCACCACAUACACCUUCAAGAUUAUCGUCAAAUGUUCCCACACUCGCCUCUCUUACUUCAUCUUCGGCAAGGGUUCCUUUAACAACUACUGACCUUGAUCCUCCGAGAACCCCACCACAUCAAAUUCCCUAA